GCAACAACUUCAACUGAAGCAAGUUGUUGCGUCGAGAUCUUAGAACAUGAAGGACAAAUGGAAUGUUAUGAGUCGCCUUGCAAUUCUGCCUUGUUUGAGAAGCAACCAGACAGAUUUUGUAUCGACAAAGAAUCGGAGUGUCUUGAUUUCGUGUUCAAUGAUGAAACUGAAGAUGCUGUAGCAAGCGAUACUGAAGAAACCGGUGAUAAUCAAGAAACGGUAGAGCUUGCCACUGGUAUUCAAUUUGAACCCAAAAAUAGACAUGUAGAGGGCAUGAAGUUAGACUGUAAACGUGGGAUGAAAGAGAGUCAAUUUGGUGAAUAUAGGAAUUAUGAACUUGGAGAUUCAGCUGUAGAGGUUGUUGAAGAGAUUAGGUGGAGGAUAUUUGAGAAAACGAGGCUUACUGCCAGUGCUGGUAUAGCAUGCAACACGAUGCUUGCAAAGGUAUGUUCAGAUCAAAACAAACCAAAUGGGCAGUUCUACUUGAGACCAGACAGAGACGAAGUAAUUGCAUUUGUGAGGAAUCUUCCUGUUCGCAAGAUCAGUGGUGUGGGCAAAGUGACAGGUCAAAUACUGAACGCGAUAGGCAUUGUCACAUGUCAAGACUUAUACGACCAACGGGAUAUUUUGCAUCUCUUGUUUUCGUCUACAUCAUUUCAAUUUUUUAUGCACAUCACUCUUGGACUUGGUUCAUCAUCAGUUGACAGUGGCAGUUAUGAUCGUAAAAGUAUGAGUGUUGAAAGCCGACCAUCUGAAUUGUAUGAGAAGUGUCAGGAGUUGUCAUAUGAUCUGGCAAAUGAUCUGCAGGAUAGAGGACUAAAGGGUCACACAGUUACCAUAAAACUGAAACUUGUUUCAUUUGAAGUUCGUCAAAGAGCUGCCUCUCUGCCUAAAGCCAUCAACAAUCCUGAAGAAAUAUUUGAGGCUGCACUUUCAUCUCUUAAGACAGAAAUAAAAGCUUGUCAUCCCGAACCACUGAGAUUACGACUGAUGGGUGUGAGGAUGUCUAACUUUGAACAUCUUAAGAAGGGUCAGAAGACCAUUACAAGUUUGAUUAAACAUAAGCAGGAAUGUGAUGAACAGAAGAAAGAUGAGACAUCUCACUUUGUCUGUCCUGUUUGCUUGAAGCCUCAAGAUUUUCUAGUCUCCAAUCUUGCAUCAGUGAACAGUCAUGUUGAUCUGUGCCUGUCUGGUGAAUCAGCAGCUGAACAAGAAGUGAAGAAGCAGACCAAGAGAAAGAACAGCAAGAUAUUGGAAAGUUCAAAAAAGAAAUCGACACUCUUUUCCUAUUGGAAAUGAUUGCACAAUUCUUACUAGUCAAGGCAAAUGCACAUCUUGUGUUUCAACAUGGCACACAAGGACACUAGAGGACUGAAGACGCAUUGCUCAGGUGAUGACAAGUGACACUUGGGUGUGGAUGAUUGUUGAUAUUAACAAUACUGUAUAUUUGUUGUGCAAGAAUUUCUACUUUUUUGCAUUAAACAUUUUGCAUUUCAAGUGAACUACUUAAGUAAAGCUGGGUGUAGGUUUCUAGUAUGGAUGUGACACAAACAAAUAUUACUUUUUUAUAGUUAGCUAAUUUGAAUAUGAUUUAGUCUGUAGGUGCUUGAUGUCAAUUUGUGUUGAGUAUGAGUGCAGAGGUAACUGCAGCACUGCUAUUAUGUACUAUAGGAAAUUGUGUAUAAAGGCAAGAUUAUAGGAUUUGGUAUUAAGACUUUAGA